AAUAAUCAUGCGACAACAUGACAUGAGGAAUCCGUUUCGUAGCGGCUUUGCCCGGUAAAAUUUGCAGACUUGAUACCUUUAUAUAAACAUGCUUGCCAGGAGUCUGUAGUGGGACAUAUCAUCCAUAUAUCAUACACACAUUACAUUACCACCUACCCAUUCAAGCUUAUCCUUAUCCUUAUCUCUUAUCACACUGCUUAUCUCUUAUCGUUAUCACCACCAUCACCAAUCAUGAAGAUUCUCACCAAGGCAGAAGAAGAGGCCCACUACGCCGAAGUCGUCAAGGGCGGCCUCAUCGGCGGAACACUCUUCCUGGGUCUCGGUCUUGGAGGCGUGUACUAUGCAUCAAAACGCUACCCAACCUUCCGAGGCCUCACCCUCCCCUUCAGAGCAUUCCUCGUGACAUCAACGGGUACAUUCGGCGCCAUCGUCAAUGCCGAGAGAUGGAGUAUCGCAUACCAAAUCGCCCAAGAUCCUAAGCGCAAUUACCAAGAUCAAGCAGCGCGCACAGCACAACUCAUCCGAGAAAAUGAGUCAGCGUAUGAGCGUUUCAAGUCAUAUGCCAAGGAGAACCGAUAUCCCAUUGUCUUCGCGUCGUGGUUGGCGUCAAUGGGUAUUGCGUUUGCGAUUGUUAGUCGACAGCCUAUGAACACGGCGAACAAGAUUGUGCAAGCUCGUGUUUAUGCGCAGGGCUUGACGUUGGCUGUGUUGUUGGUGUCUGCUGUUUUUGAGAUGAAUGAUCUCAAGAACGGUGAUAGCAGAUGGCAGACCAUUCGGGUCGUGGAUCCUAAUGAUCCCACAAAGAUCAUUGAGAAGAAGAUCCACAAGGAGGAGUAUGAGGGACAGGACCUCUGGAAGGAUAUGGUCGCUGCUGAGGAGCGAAGACUUGCUGCGAAGAAGCAAGCUGCUGGGCAUUAAAUGGAAACCAAGAUCAUUGAAUGAUCACUAAUUUGUAUCAAAAUUUGCAUUGGGUGGUUUUGGAGUGAGAUAUCGGGUCAGGUUAUAGAUCGAACGGCGCAUUUUCUUUUGUUGUAUAGAUGAAACAUUAACAUGAACGUGGAAUGGAAAUACCAGAAUGAUCAACUUCAA